AAUAUUAAAUAAUUGAUUCUAAAAUAAUAUAAUAAAAUUAUCAAAAAAAUUUAAAAUAAAAUAAUUCUUAUACAUAUUUUGUUGCUAUCUGAAAAUAAUAUUUUUAUUAUAAAGGUUAAAAAGAUGCAAAAAAUUAUAAGUAAAUAUUAUUCAAGAAAAAAACAUUUAUAUAAAGAUAUUUUCUAAACUAUUUUUAAGAUACGAGUGUUUUAAAAAAUUUAAUACGGAAUGUUUAGAACACGAGAUUAUGCUUAUGAGAGAGUGGCUCGGGAAUGGGCUUCGAAAUGGAUCGAAUGGGCUACGAAAAUAGCUUAUUUUUUUAAACUCAAGCCUAGUCCGGAUGACAUGACAUUUUGGUUGGUUCACAAUAUUUUAGCCCAUGUGGCAGAGUUUAGAAAUGAGGGAUUUAGUCCUUUUUAUAUAGUAGGAUUCUCUAACCUAACUUAGGGUUUUUAGAAUGGCGUCAAAGGACAAGAUGAUUUGGACGGCUAGCGGAGAGAACAUGAUCGCUUCCAACAUAGCAACGAAGAUGGAAGCUAUUCCGCCAGCGGCAAAGCAUAUGGUCGAGCUUUUAAGAUCCCAGGAUUCGGCUGCCAGAGAAUAUUGGACAAGGACGGUGGUGGUCGCUAUUGGCGGUGCACUUCUCAAGCAGUGCGUAAUGCUUCUCAUUAGCGGGAUCGACGCUAGUGUAAUUUCAGAUGCGCUUCACAAGACUGCCGCUAAGGCCGUUGAGAUCUUGAACGCCAUGGCUGUUAACGGAGGUGGUGCUCCAGUGAUUGAGCUUUCAAGACAGCUUAGUGCGUGGGCCAAGGUUCUCCAUGGGAUGGAAAGCAACUGUGUCAAGUCAUUCGUUGAAGCCCUCGAGGCUAUCCCUUACACUAUUGACAUUGUGACUGAACUCAGGAACAAGCAUGCUCAAGGUCACAUCACUAAUAUCUUGGAGGAGAACGUGGUUCAGCCCCUUCUUGUUAGCGCCAGCGGGAUCACUUUCGCAAUUGAAGUCAUAACAAAAGUUUUGAAUAAAUUAAAUGCUAGAAACAGCAGCUGAUACUGUCUCAACAUUGGCUAACAUUAUGUUAUGGUAUUUUGCAUGUUUCUGUGGAAUUGAAAUUUUUGUCCAAAUUUAAUUAGCUACGGUUUUAUAUUAUUAGAUGUUAAAUUGGCAUAUGAUAAAAAGUUGAACUGGUAUUUCUAGAUUAAGCUAACUAUAGUUUUAUAUAUUUCUAAGUAAAUUGAAAAAAAAAUAAGAAAGGUAUUAAAAUCCGUAAGCUGAUCAAGUGUAUGUUAGGAGGUCAUUAAUUUCUCUCAGAAUCCUUUUAUAUUCAUAUGUUGUUCUGUUUUUAUCCACUCCAAUAAGCAACACCAACCGAAAUGAAAUCAACUUCCGAAUCAGUUUACCCUUUCCACGAGCAUAUGAAGUACUUGAAUCCACAGCAUCACUGGUACUCUCUGACGACCCUAAAAGAAUCCAAAUCAAAUUAAAUUGACUAUGUUUUAUAAAAUUGUUGUUUGGUUAAUUGUACUUGGUAGGAGUUGUGAUCAUGAAGAUCUGGUUUCCAUUUUAAUGCACAAGUUCAAAAUAAUGUUCUGACUUGUCAGUGUUUCUAUGUUUAUUCGUUUAUCAUAAAAUACGGAGUAACAUAGGUGUCUUUUACCACUUUAUUCCUAAUAGAAGACUUUGAAACAAAGAAACUACAAAGAUCAUUACAAACAGACACAAAAGUGAACUAUAAUUUUUCAUGAUUUAUCCAUUGAAUAUAUGACUAGCCUGUAACGUCAUCAGUCCUUUGUCAUUUGUCGUUUUUGCCUCAUCAGUUCUUCUGCACUCUGUGUCUUACUAGCUGCUCGGUGAUGCUGAUGAGACUCUUUCUCUAUGUUUUAUGAAUCUCUCUCUAUAGUCUUGGCAUCAUUCUCCCCCUCGUUGUUCCAUACAGUAGAGUCUGCCGCCGUAAGCUUCUUGUGUCACCGGCUACAUCUGCGAAAUAUUUUGUAGCUGGUGCUGAUGUUGCUCGUACAUAUCACUCUCUCUUUCUUCUGAUCUUUCUCCAUUCUCACUUGCUCUUGAAGUUGUUAACACCGAGUGGUGUUGAUCUAUUUGUAGUGAAAAGUAGUUUUUCAGACACGUAUACUUUCAUACAUCGUGUCAUUGUCACAAGCCAACAUAGGUAAAGAAAAAAGAGCCUACCAAUUACUAAAGCAUGAUAUUCUAACCAUUCUUCUGGAACACUAUACGAUGGUUGUGGUGUUAUCUAUAAAACAUUCAAAUCCACUAAAGUAUAUAAUUUUUAAUAUUCAUCAAACAAGAACUAAACCUUUGAACAAACUUUGAACUAAAUUGUUUUUUGUUUUAAGAUAAACUUGUGUAUAUAUAUAGCAUAAAUCUAGGAUGAGAAAGUAUGUGAAUGAUAAUUAUAAUAUUUGUUGUAUAUUAGAGUAACAUGGAACACACAGCAUAAAACAUUGAUCACAAUUACAGAAUAACAUCGAGAUUACAUUCAAAAUUUAAGUCAAUGGACAUUUGUCAAACCUAACUUGUUCUUCAUCACUAUUAUCCAAGUUCAUCAUUCAGAAUGUUUCAAUCAAAAUAUGAAACAAUAUGAAUAUAAGGAAGAGCAACUUCCUAUCGAUGGACCAUGUGUUGAGAAGGCAGAUCAUGUGUUUAAACCGGUUCAAUUUUAAAUUGUAUCGGAUGUAAUUUGUUGCACAACUUCAUCGUGAAUACCUACACAUCACAAAUUUACAUGAUCUUUAAGAUGUAGUAUGGUAUUAAGAAUCAAAGAACAUCAAACAUAUUAAAGAACAUAGAGAGUUUCAAGAACUAAUCAGGAUCAACAAUCAAAAGCAUGAAAACUAAACAAAAAGUUUGACUAGUAUAGACAAUUUAAAAUUAAACCAAAAGGUUACUAAAAGUAAACAUCUUCAACAAUAAGAGAAAAAUACAAUGUUUAGAUUACCUACAUUUUGGAAUUGGCUAUUCGUGGCCGACUUCCAGCUAAUUAAAAAGAUACUUCAGCAUUGAAUUAAUCAUGAAAACUCUUAUUUUUUAAUCAUGAAAACUUUUUUCUUGAUAAUCUAACGAUUAUUCACACUUUUGAACUGAACAUGAAAUAAAAAUAGAUUUAAAUCAGAUUGGAUUUUUUUGGUAUUAAUUAGCUGUUUUCACAUCAACACAAUAAUAGUACAAGGUUCUCUCCAGAGCAUGACACAUCAGAUUUUUAAAUCACUAUAGGAGUGACAUGCCAUUAACUGAAAAAAGUUGAACGUCCAAUGAAAACAUUUUAUUAAUACACAUCUGUUUUGUUAUCGACACAUCACAUGAGUAAUAUUUCUAAAUUAAAAAGCCUAAUGCCUGUUGGAUUUUGACAUUCUUUUCUCUCUACGAAUGUGCAUCAGGGUGAAGGAAAUAAUGGAAACUCAAGGGUAUAUACAGGGAAGAUGCAGAGAUGCGAUUAUGGUGGUGGCGAUCUAAGGGUUUUGGGAAGGCCUUGUUAUGCACUUCUUGGAGGAUUCAUCUCUGCAUCUUAUCUGAAAAGCCAAUUUACUCGGUGAAUUCAUUUCUCCUCUGAUUCUAGAAAAUUUUGGGCAAAAGGCACAUUACGAGGAUCACACAAAUGGGACUCAAUACAAAGAGGAACACAAAUCAAGUUUAGGUGAAAAAAACGUCAAGUUCAGGUGAAAAUCCCAGAACUUUAUGAUAUAAUAAUGUGGGUAAUUCGAUCUAACAUUGUUAUGUAUGUUUCAGGGAAGCCAAAAAAAACUGUGGAAGAGUAUCCAAGAGUGGCAAGCAGUUAACAAAUGUGUUUGAAUUGAACCUUUGAUUAAACACACAAGGAGAAGGUGAAAUCAAGAGAGAAUUUGAAAGUCUAAGUUACAAAAAAAAAAAAAUCAAGAGAGAAGAAGAAG